AUGGCAGAGCCUGAAGUUCAAUUCCAUGACCGACGGUGUCAGCCGAAGCCCUUCGGAAGUCCUCCCCAAAGGACUGCAACGGUCGACCGCCAACGCGCCCUUUGUGGGACGGCUGUUCUCAAGGAAGUUUCGGAUGUAAGGAUUGGUACAGCCCUGUACGGAUGUGCGUAUCAUACCUUCAUCCUUGUCGCUUUCAUUGUCGCCGCUGCCGGCCAGGCGUCUGCUAUCUGUGCUGGCUUCAACUACGGUGUCGGAAACCAGCAGAACUUGGGUGGCGGUGUUUCGCGCUGGACUGUUUACGAUGACGGAUGCAAGGCUGUUGACUCCCUUACGACGACCGGAAACCCUUGCACCUCCGGUACCUUUGGGUGCAGCCCCCCUCCCGUUCACUUCAAUAGUUACACCAACACUUUCACGGGUCUGCACUAUGCUUGCCGUACAGAUUCAAGCUCUGGCAAGUGCGGCAACGAUGUCAUUUCAGUCUGCUGCCGCAAUGACGGCAAUUGA